UAUUUGAUGCCUUUUUCCAAAUGUAAAUAAAUAAAUCCGAACAUUCCUCAAGCCUUCAAACCAUUCCGAUUACAUUUUUAAAAAGACAAAAAUGAGGAUGUGUGUUCAAACCCAUGCUCUCAGGUAAGUGGGUAUGGCAUAAGACUGAACCGAGUUAGCAAACACAAGGUACGUGCUUUCCCUAGCACACACAGACACACACACACCGAGAACGAGAACCUUCUCUCUUUUUAAGAUAAUAAAACGACACGAUUCAGUGGGAAAGCUAAUGGUGUCUGUGCUAGAAUGAAAAAAGCCCAAACCGCAUGAUGAUGCAUGAAGGCUUCCAGUUGAUCCUUGAGCGGGGGUGGGGGUGGGGCUUUUCCGCCCCUCUCCAAAAAAUCCAAACUGUACUGCGAACAUCUUCUCUUUUUACAUGACCUUUUCUCAUCAGGAUCUGAAAGUUAAUCGGAGUCUGUGCCAGAGGGAGAGAGAGAAAGAGGCGGGAGUUACUCCUGACAACGCUGCUUUUCCUUACCGAGGAACUGAAACCUCUAUUUCCGCCUCCUCCCCACUUUCUGCCCACUGGCUGUGCGGUGAUGUUAGACGCGGUUGCUCAGAGGGAAGUGAAAAUGAAAUCGACUUUUUGGAGAAAUGAUGACAGAGGCAGCGGCUGCCAAUGAGCGGCUGCAGCAAACUUCCGCACUUCUUUCGCUCCUUACAGCCAGCCCCCACCUAGCCCUCGCUUGCUCGAGAUCUGCACAAACAGGCCUGGGAGAGAGAGAGAGAGAGGUGGAGGAGGGGGGGAUUGCCAAGGCUUAGCUCCUGGCGGUUGCUCCCCUUGUUUUGCUUUCGAUCUGGACUAACCUCCGCUAAAAGCAGAGGGCGAAUAACUUUUAGUUUUACUCCUGCGAUUGACACAGCCGCCUGUUUUCCUUUCCAUUUUGCGUCUCUUGGCAACCGUCAUAACCUUGAGGAAUUAUAUAAAUCCCGCGAAACGCAAUCUUGGUAAGGCUUAUCCUCCGUGUGCUGGAGAGCUCCAGAAAAAGAGGGAGCAAAGCUGGAGUGACCCCAUUGACUUGUGGAAACAAUGCCUGUGGAAAGAAUGCGAAUGCGUCCAUGGCUAGAAGAACAAAUAAAUUCAAACAAAAUCCCAGGUCUGAAGUGGCUAAAUGAGGAAAAAAAGAUUUUUCAGAUUCCUUGGAUGCAUGCAGCUCGUCAUGGGUGGGAUGUUGAAAAAGAUGCUCCUUUGUUUAGGAACUGGGCCAUUCAUACAGGAAAGUACCAGCCAGAUGUUGAUAAAGCAGAUCCAAAGACAUGGAAAGCAAAUUUUCGAUGUGCAAUGAACUCAUUACCUGAUAUUGAAGAGGUCAAAGACAAAAGCAUAAAGAAAGGAAAUAAUGCUUUCAGGGUAUACCGGAUGUUGCCAUUAUCUGAAAGGCCAUCUAAGAAAGGGAAAAAACCCAAGCCAGAGAAGGAGGACAAAAUGAAACAAAUUAAGCAAGAACCAGAAGAGUCAUCUUAUGAAUUAAGUAAUGGAACAAGUCAGGGGUUUUCCGAGUACUGCUUAUCUUCCCCAAUAAAAUCUGAAGUUGACAGUACAAUAAACAUUGUAGUUGUAGGAGAUGAGCACUUUGAAGUUGGGUCUGAAGAUCAUAUGAUUGUUUCCAAUCCUCCUGAUGUUUGCCAAGUAGUGGAGGUGAGAACAGAAUGUGAUGACCAGCCCAGCAGUAUGAGUCAAUUAUAUCCACUACAGAUCUCCCCUGUUUCCUCCUAUGCGGAAAGUGAAACUACAGACAGCAUCCCAAGUGAUGAAGAAAAUGCACAGAGUCAUGUUCAAUGGCAAAAGGAAAACAUUGGCGGAAAACAGUACUAUAGCAACCUGGGGACAAGGAAUGCCUCUUACCCCCUUCCUGGUAUGGCUACUUUUGUGACUUCUAACAAACCUGACCUCCAGGUCACCAUCAAAGAAGAAAGCUGCCCUCUGCCUUACAAUAGCUCAUGGCCUUCUUUUGCAGAGAUCCCUCUUCAACAGAUAGUGUCUUCGCCUUCCACCAGUUACAGCAGCAGGCCACCAGAUCAUGAGAACCGGGCAAGUGUCAUCAAGAAAACAUCAGAUAUUACCCAGUCAAGAGUGAAGAGCAGCUAAGCCAUGAACUGAUCUGUUCUUGGCAAAUCACGCAUUGUGGCUUUGAGGAGCUCCUCUAAUGUACAUUUUAAAAAUAAAAUUUGAGGAAAAAGCCUUGAUAAUGCAAAGCAUAACUAUGUCCAACCUCCAGCACUGGAGCAUUUUAAACUCAGGACUCCAGAAUAUAGACAUGAAGCAAGUUGGGAGUUUGAAGGUUGCAGCCCAAGGAAAGAAGGCCACAGUGAUGCGUGUUAGAGCUUUGUCAAGAGGACCAACGGGCCCCAAGUGGAGACCCUGCACUUCUUGCAGUCAAGGCCAUCAUGGAACUGAACACCUUGGAAUGGAAGAGAAAAUGUGAACUAGCUGAAUUUUUUCCCCGAGAAUGUAUUGUGAAUAUGUACAUAGUGCAGUACUAGCAAUUUGCUGUCUGCUUUUGCACCUUAUUAAAAAAAGCACUUGCAAAAAAG